AUGGGGAACGAAGCGAGCAUGGAGGGUGGCGGGCAGUCCGGGGAGCCGGGAUCCGCUGGGAUGAUGGGGUCGAUGAUGCCCGGAGGACCCUCGCAGGGACCAGGACAGCACAUGAAGCCGGUCAACGGAGCAGCUGCCGGUGGAGGAAUGGGAAUGGGAGGCCCCGGGAUGGGAAUGACAAGGGGUCCAAUGGGUUCAAUGGGUAGUCCCAAGCCUGGGAUGCAACAAGGAGGCCAUGGAGGAGGAGGAAUGGGAGGAGGAGGGAUGGGUGGAAUGGGAGGAGGUGGGAUGGGAGGAAUGGGAGGAGGCGGGAUGGGUGGAAUGGGAGGAGGCGGGAUGGGAGGAAUGGGAGGAGGUAUGGGAGGAACAGGUGGAGGGGGGAUGGGGGGAAUGGGAGGAGGGAUGGGAGGAAUGGGAGGAGGGAUGGGAGGAUUAGGUGGAGGAGGGAUGGGGGGAAUGGGAGGAGGAAUGGGGGGAAUGGGAGGAGGAAUGGGGGGAAUGGGAGGAGGAAUGGGAAGUGGAGGAAUAGGGUCAAGAGCUGGUGAGCCUUACCGCCUGGCCACUCACGAAGCUCCUACCUCUCCUAGACAUAUGCAGUCCAGCCAGGCCUCUGGAAUGGGGCAGGGCCCAGGGUCUGGUCAAGGGAUGGGUCACGGUCCAGCUGGGUCUAGCAUGGGGGGUCAUGGAGGUCAAAGUCCCGGUCAGCAUGCCUCUCGCCGAAACCUCCAAGUUGACUUCAGUGGUUCCGGCGGCUCCAGGACAGGUCGGUCUCCUUCUUUGUCUCCUGACCGUGGUGUGACACCCACCUCACCAUACUCAGUGCCACAGAUAGCACCCAUGCCGAGCAGCAAGCUGUGCCCAGUGUGCACCACCACAGAGCUGUCCAACCCACCGGCUGUACCCAACUACAACACCUGCACCCAGUGCAAGGCCACUGUGUGCAACCAGUGUGGAUUCAACCCCAACCCCCACCUCACUGAGGUCCAGGAAUGGCUGUGUCUGAAUUGUCAGAUGCAGAGAGCUCUCGGCAUUGAUAUGACCACGCCUCGUUCUAAGAGCCAACAGCAGAUUCACUCUCCGUCCCACCAAGCCAAGCCCAUUGUCCAGCCUCAGCAGCCUGCGCCUCAGCCAACACAGCCGACAGCAGCAGCGCAGCCAAAAUCUUUGGCACAGAGUCAGCCCACCCAGCGGCAGCAGCAGCAACAGCAACCUCAGUCUCAGCCCUACAGCCAGACUCAGCCCUACUCCCAGUCGCAGCAGUAUCCACAGUCUCAGCAGCAGUCAUAUGCUUCAUCACAGCUAGGGUCCCAGACUCAGUCUUAUACGUCCCCUGGCUUACAGAGACAUCCAGGCCCUGGUGGCUCCCAGUCUCAUACAGGGCCCUCUCAGCAGGGCAUGAGAUCUGAUCCAUACUCCCAGACCGGUCCUGGAGCUCCAGGAACUAUUAGAGGUCCCACAGGAGGCUUUAGCCAACCAGGGGGUCCUCGGAUUCCUCACCCUGGUGCAGUACCCCUCCCUGGUUUGACCAAGGCACCUUCCCAACCCGAUUUGGGUCGUGGUUCCCCAAUGCACCAAUCUAUGGCACGGCACGACCAGACCAGAAGUGCUGGAUCCUCCCCAGCCCACAGACCUCAGAGUCAGGCCCCUCCUGCCCAGGACGGCCUGACCAAACUGUUUGGCUUUGGGGCAUCACUGCUUAAUCAGGCUAGUACCUUAAUCAAUGUUGACCCGCUACCUACCGCCUCCACCCAGCCAAGCCCCGCACGAGGCAAGGUGGUGUUCAGUAAUGCAACACCUGACAACAGGCAGCAACAACAAGGGACCACCAGUACUAAACCAUUCACAAUGGGGGGCCCUCAUGCUCCAAGCCAAAUGGGUGGUCCUAAUGUUCAAAGUCAAAUGGGAGGUCCUUAUGCUCCAAGCCAAAUGGGAGGUCCUCAUGCACCGAGCCAAAUGGGAGGUCUUCAUGCACCAAGCCAAAUGGGUGGUCCUAUGGGUGGACCCCAUAUGCCAACCCAGAAGCAACAGCAGCAGACCAUGCCCCAACAACAGGAAAUGCAGAAGCAGUCACCUGCUCAUCAACAGAAAGGACAGCAAGGACAAAAAACACAGCCACAAGGACAGCAACAGCAGAAAACACCUACUCAUCAGCAGAAAGUGCAGCAGAAGCAGGAGCCUGUGGCAGCAGCACCUGCGGUUGCUCCAGAGCCUGUGAAACCCAAAGUGAACUGUCCUCUUUGUAAAACAGAGCUGAACAUCGGUAGCUCCAACCCACCUAACUACAAUACCUGCACGCAGUGUCACAGCCAAGUGUGUAACUUGUGUGGCUUCAACCCAACACCACAUCUGGUGGAGAAAAAAGAGUGGUUAUGUCUUAACUGCCAGACCCAGCGGCUGAUGUCUGGAGAAGGUCUUGAUGAGCCUCCACUUCCUGUUCCUCAUCCGUCUCCCAAGCACCAACCCACGGGCUCGCCUCGGCACCAGACACCAAUCACUCAGCAAAGUCCCCUCCACAAACCUAUCACCCAGCAAGGGUCCAAGCCAGGCCAGCCCCAAACACAGAGCCAGAAGCCACAGGCGGGAAGUGUCGUUAGCAGCCCGUUUGCACCCACAGCUGCCAAACAGCCAACUGAGACCAAGACUACAGCACCAUCCACGACACCAGUAACAACAACAGAGAUCGAGAAACAGCCAAAACCAUCAGAGGAAAAGCUCAAGACUGAGCCUGAGAACCAAACUUCCAAAGAGACCAAGCCCUCCCAGAAGAAAGGAGAGCAGAUCACACCGAUCAAGGAAAUUAAGAAGUCCAGGCACUAUGAUGAUACAAAAAACAACAGCACCCACGACUUGUCACGCAGCCCUCAGAGUCUCAGUGACACUGGCUACUCAUCUGAUGGCAUCUCCAGCUCCCACAGUGAAAUCACAGGUCUAAUCCAGGAAGAAGAGAUGAAGCUGAGUGAAAGGGGAAUCAGUGGCCGGGGCUCCCCACCAAGUCCCUCUGAAAUCACCAAGCUGGAAAGCUCCAUGAGGCCAUUACUAGAGAAGAGCUUCUCUGAAGAGAAGGCAGACAGAAGGGGGAGGAAGCACAGAGACAGAGAUUUGGAUGACAGAGGGAAGCAACGCCCACGUUCUCUAUCAAUCCCGCCAGAUGCAUAUGACUCUGAUGAGGAGCUGGAAGAUAUACUGGAGGAGGAAGAAGAUGGGGGAGACUGGGAGGGUAAGCGAAAGGAAGGAAAAGAGGAGAAGAAGGAGAAGAAAAAGAAAGAAAAGGAAGCUGAGCCCACAGAGAUGACCGAUGAGGAGUUCAUGAGGAGACAAAUAAUGGAGAUGAGUGCUGAUGAAGACAAUGAGGAGGAGGAGGAGGAAGAGAUGGAGGAAGAUGAAGAUGAGGAAGACGAAGGAUAUGGCUACCAGAAACCCAAGAAAAGCCACCAUAAGCACAUAAUCUCUGACUCAGGGAAAGAAAAGAGACGCCUUCAGCACCAUUCCAGUAGUUUUGAGGAGGAGACUAAGAGCUCUACUGAUGUUUAUAAAGGCUCAGUAGAAGAGGGUGAGGAAGAUUUGAUGGCAUCGCAAGGAGGUCUGAGGCGCUUCAAAACAAUUGAACUCAAUAACACCAAUAGCUACAGUCGAGACAUCGAGCUGAGCAAUGAAAACGACUUAAGCCUUGAUCGGGAACCAGAACUAGAAAUGGAGAGUCUGACGGGCUCUCCUGAGGAACGUUCUCGUGGUGACUACUCCUCUACUCUGCCACCCACUUCAUCCUCAUAUGGCUCUGGACAAUCUCCUACAUCCAUCUCAUCAAUGGAGGAAGAUAGUGACAGUAGCCCUAGUAGGAGGCAAAGACUGGAGGAGGCUAAGCAGCAGAGGAAAGCACGCCACCGCUCUCAUGGCCCUCUCCUUCCUACCAUUGAAGAUUCUUCAGAAGAGGAUGAACUCAGAGAGGAAGAGGAACUUCUGAGAGAACAGGAAAAGAUGAGAGAAGUGGAACAGCAGAGAAUUAGAAGUACAGCAAGAAAGACCAAGAGAGAUAAAGAGGAGCUGAGGGCUCAGAGGCGCAGAGAAAGGUCCAAGACCCCACCUAGCAAUCUGUCACCUAUUGAGGAUGCUUCUCCAACAGAAGAGCUAAGGCAAGCAGCAGAAAUGGAAGAGCUUCAUCGUUCCUCUGCUUCUGAAUAUUCGCCUCAAAGUCUGGACUCAGAGGCAGAGGGAUAUGAGUCCAAACUUUACAAGUCAGGAAGUGAGUAUAAUCUGCCAACCUUCAUGUCACUCUAUUCCCCAAUAGAGAAAACAACUGCAACCACCACCACAGCACCAUCUUCAACUUCCAAACCUCUGAAGAGUGCUGAGGAGGUUUAUGAGGAGAUGAUGAGAAAGGCAGAGAUGCUUCAAAAGCAGCAGAAACAACAGCAGCAACAACAGCAACAUGGAAGACAUGGGCAGUACUAUGAGGAGGACAUUAAUGGGCAAAGUUAUGAUGAUGAGUAUGAAUAUGAGCAAGAUCAAACAGGAUAUGACAAUGAGGCAGCAGAGACAGAAACUGAUAUUUAUGAGGAGAUUAGACAAACAUCUCAGAACAUUACCAAGAUGCAACAGGCCACAGAUGAGCAAGUAGAGAUUGAAAUUGAGAGCUCUUACCCAGAUAAACAGCUCUUAGAUACAGGCUCAGCCUUUGCUAAGCUACUAGAGCAAAGUAAUGCUCUCCUUACACCAGGUACCAGUCCCACCCAGAUCUCAGCUCCUGUGUCCUUUGCUGAGACUGCAGGGCGAAUCCCUGAUGUCAGAGUAACCCAGCACUAUUCUGCAAAGGAUGGACACAAAGAUAGACUCAAAACCCAAGCAGGAAAGAAUGGAAUAACUCCAACAGUGGCAGCGACCACUAUUGCAGCAUAUGGUGUUUAUGCUAGAGAUGCAGUAACUAUUUCUCAGACUGGUUCAAGCCACACUGUUACGUCCACUCAGUCUGAAAUAGGUCGUAGGCAUACGGGUAGUACAUCCGCAUCUUCAGCUACAGUCUCAAGCGUAUGCAGCAAGAUUGCAGAGAUUACCCAAGCCUACAGUCAAAGAGAAGUCAUUACCAGAAGGGUAGGGGAGACCAGGGGGAUCCAAGUGCGAGACAGCUCAACAUCUUCUAUUGAGAGAAUUAUUGAGCCCCGCUCUCCCAAGUAUACUACUUAUUAUAGAAGCACCAGUCCUCCUCUUUCACCAUCACCACCACCACCACAGAGUCCCACUCGCUCUCCUUCAAGAAGAGCUACAGCUGAGUUCUCUACACAGACUUUCAGUUCAGCAUUGCGAAUGGAAUCAGCAGGCUCUGGUCCUACUUCACCAGUAAUGGCUCAGGGAACCCAAACAUCACAUCGAUCAGUUUCCCCUAGGCUCUAUCGACAGCAAUCCUCUCAGGAUGCCCCGUACUCCCCUCCUUCAAGCCCAGCUAGGCCAACGACAGUCAAUACUGCAACUUCCCCGCUGUCUUCUCCUACCCGAUUUAGCCGCCAAUCGACAUUUGAUACUUACUCUCCAUGUGGCAGCCCUCCAGACACACCACCUUACCACCACUCUCCUACACGGAGCUUUUAUCGUACACAAAGAGUGGAGAAAGUAAAUGUCGGAACAAGCAUGGUCACCACAGCCAGCAUAUACACCAGAGGGUCUGUUUCAAUGGAUAAUAUCUCCCUCUGUAGGAUAUCUACAGUCCCAGGGACUUCGAGGGUAGAGCAGGGCCAUAUGAUUCAUGGUGGAAGUGUUGUGGACCUUAGAACAGCAACCAAACCAGCUCCUAUUAUUAUGACUGACCAAGGAAUGGAUCUCACCUCCUUAGCCACAGAAAGCAGAAAAUACCAUGGUGGACCAGAGGGUAGCAGACAUUCAACGAUUGUACAGCCACUGAUUAUGAACUUGAACACACAGGAAACCACCACACCAACCACUGUGAGUGUCACCGUAGCUGCUUCAAUGUUCAUGACCCAGCCAAAACAGCCAGCAGUUUAUGGUGAUCCACAUCAAAACCGAGUGGAUCUGGGACAAGGCAUGGGUUCAGCAGUUUGUCUCUCCCAGAAUAAACCAAAACAACAAGAGCUCCUGGAACAACAGUUGCAACAGCACCAUCAGAUGCAACAACAGCAGCAACAGGCAUCGGUUUUAGCCAGGUACAACCUUACUGGCCCAAUCUCACCUUUACUGAAAAAAGAUUUGCUCGUCAGUCAGACAACCACUGCUUCAGCUGUGGUCAGUGCUGUAUCACCAAUCAUUAACCCUGAAUUGUAUGGCGCUGGUCCAGUUGAACUCAAAGGAAAGCCCAGUCCUCCUGGUUUGAUGUCAGGAGGUAAAUCGCCACAUAGUAUGGUUGUACAAAUGGAUGGGGGGCCAGACCCAGCCAGGGCUGUGACUCAGCUCGUCAAGGUAGAAGAAGGACAGGAUGCUGUAGAUCUGACAGGAGGCCAAAUUAAGCCUGACAACCAACCAGCUUGCUGUGAUGUUGUUUAUCGACUUCCAUUUGGUGGAACCUGUGUUGGUGCUCCUGAGAAAGAAGGCAUAAGGCCUCCAUCUGCCCCACCUCUCACCUAUGAGUCUGACCAAGAAAGACAGCCUGGAAGGUACCAUGAGUAUCCAAUGGAUGGGCGUAAGGCCUACACGUUACCUUUUCCUGGUAGGCUCCAGCCUUCAAUGUCUGAUACAAACCUUGCUGAUGCUGGGUUACAGUCUUACCAUUCUAAACUGGAACCACAUCUCCAAGCUUCAGGAGAACUUGCCAUGGAUCUAACUGCUAUGAAACAGGCCUAUGGAGGAUAUGUGGGGAUGCAGUAUGGCUCCUACACAGAUUUACGGCAUGGAGGAGACAUUGCAGCACAAACACUGCCUAUCAGAAGAUACAAUUCCUUGUCCAACAUCAGUUCAGAUUAUGGCUAUUCUGCUCGUGACAUUGCUAACUUCCAAGAAGCUAACUUGGCUCAGUAUAGUGCCACAACUGCAAGGGAGAUUAGCCGAAUGUGUGCAGCACUCAAUUCCAUGGAUCGCUAUGGAAGCAACCCAGACUUGAUGCAGUUUGGCAGUUUGAGCAGAGGUACUGGGCCUGUGGCCUCCAGACUUGCAGCUGGUCUUGGCAUUAGGCAAAACCUUCUCUUUGGAUUAGAUGGGAAGCCAAUCUCUCACAGUCAAGCACUAACUAAUCUUAUCAAUGCCAGGCAGGCAAGUCUAAGAGCCAUGUACCCCGCUGCUAUUAGAUCCUCAGAUGGGAUGAUCUACUCAACUAUUCAGACCCCCAUUGCUUCUACACUUCCCAUCACAACCCAGCCUGCCUCUGUUCUUCGACCACUAAUAAGAGGAGUCUACAGGCCAUACCUCUCUGCCAACAUGACACCAGUGCCCCUAUCUAGUCUUAGCAGGCUACCAAUGAGCCCCAGAAUGCCCUUAUCUGGACAAGCUGCAGUCCGUUAUCCAGCACCAGGCGUUCUCCAAACAACAUCAGCCACUGACAUAAGUGCUGCUGCCACAACAACCUCAGCAACUGCAGGGGCCCUAGUAGGUGUUUCCAUGACAACUAGCUCAGUGGUCCAGGAUGAACCAGUUUACCUUGGCAAAGGUGCGACAGUGUCCUCUUCAUCAGCAGAGGUCACCUCGGUGCAAGGAACAGUUGUCAUACCAGCUGAUCAGCAGCAGCAGCCAAUAAACCUGUCCCAGGCACACCUGAGUAGCCAACAACAGAAACAAGUAACAACUGUUCAGCAGCCACAACAACCUGCCCCUGCUGCACAUGCUUACCCACUUUCAGGUCCUGCACAAACACAUGGUUACACCCAACCUCCAGCAGUCCUGUCUGCCCCUACUGCUGGCUUACCAAUUCCAGGUGGUCUUCCUCCUUUCCCUCCACCAGGUGCUAUACACAAAGAGGGUGAAACUGAGGCAGAGAGACUGCACCGCCAGCAGGAGCAGCUUCUGCAGAUGGAGAGAGAGCGGGUGGAGCUGGAGAAACUCAGGCAGUUGCGCCUGCAAGAAGAGCUGGAAAGGGAAAGGUUAGAGCUGAAGUUGCACAGGGAGAAGGAGCAGAUGCUGGUGCAGAGAGAGUUACAGGAGCUGCAGAACAUCAAGGAACAGGUUCUGCAGCAGCAACAGCAAGAACGUGAGAAGCAACUUGUUCUACAGCGGGAGCAGCUGGCUCAGCAGAAGUCCCAGUUAGAUCAGAUCCAGUCUUUACAGCAGCAGCUCCAGCAGCAGCUUGAAGAGCAGAAGAGACAGAAAACAGCUGCUGUCGCCCAGAUCAUGCAGCUGGACGGACAGCCGCUGCACCCCUACGCAGACUCUCAUAUGGGCUCCCGUUCUCUGCCCAACUCCUCGUCAGAGAUGUGCCUGAGGAGCCAGGAGGAGCAAAUGGAGGCCAGGACCAACAUGAGAAAACACAGCUCCAUGAGCAGACUGACUAGAGACAGCUUGGACGGAGAUGGCGUGGUGUUCUACGGCUCCCCCCGCAGGAUUGUGGAUAGCUGUGUGCAGACUGACGAUGAAGAUGGAGAGGAGAGGUACAUGAUGCGUCAUCGCACCAGGAGGCGUGGUCGCAGCGUUGACUGCUCAGUCCAGACAGAUGAUGACGAGGACAAGGCUGAGACAGAGCAUCCGGUCCGCCGAAGGCGCUCGCGUUUCUCAAGGCACUCUGAGUCCAGUGCAGCUGGCAGCAGCACUGCCACUACAGCCACCUUAGCUACUGAUACCAAAACUGACACAACUAAGAUGGUUUCCUCCAAUAUCGGCGUUCAGACAAUCAGGGAAAUGUCUUGCCAGACGGAAGUGGAGCACCUAGGAAGAGUCUCCCCAGCAAUCCAUGUGACAGUACCAGACCCUAAUAAAGUAGAAAUUGUGCACUAUAUCUCUGGACCAGAGCGAACUCAAAAAGGACAAUCUCUGGCUUGCCAGACUGAUCCAGAAGCCCAGUCACAGGGAGUUGUAGCUCCACAGCUAAGCGUACCAACCACAGUCAGUCCAUAUUCAUCCUCUGCCAGUACUGGAACACAACAGUCUGGUUCUGACCUUCUCACCCAGCAGCGCCAGCAGCAGAUUGCUGCAAAUGCUGCCAAAUUUGAGCGCCGACGCCCUGACCCACUCGACAUCAAUUACCAGCCUCACAACCAUCUCCACAAUGAAUCGAUCUCCAGCAUCAUCCGCCAGCAGCAGACAGCCCCCAAAUCUCCACAAGUCCUCUACUCUCCGGUCUCUCCGGUGUCCCCUCACCGCCUCAUAGAGACUUCUCUGUCGAGCGAGCGACUGAACAAGGCCCACGUAACACCUCAGCAGAAGUCCUACACAGCCGAAUCUCCCCAGCGACACCCCUCUGUGCCCCGACCCAUCAAAAGCACUCAGAGGUCAAUGUCAGAUCCCAAGCCUCUAAGCCCCACCACAGAUGAGCACACGAAGGCCAGGUUGUCCCUGUAUCAACAGCAAGCACUCCAGAACCAGCUGGCAGCCCUACAGCAGAGCUCACUGCUCCGCAAGGUCAAGCGAACCCUGCCCAGCCCUCCUCCGGAUGAGACUGCUACAUCAGCUCACCUGCCCAUGAUGACACCAGCCCUCCAACAGGUCUACCUGCCCUCCGUGCCCAGCCUCAAGCCCAGCUCCAGGUCUGGCCUGGCUGCGAAAGCCAGCCUCCUCAAAGACCUCACCCAUGAGCUCAAGGCCGUGGAGCAAGAGUCAACCAAGCUGAGAAAGCAGCAAGCUGAACUAGAGGAAGAAGAGAAAGAAAUUGAUGCUAAGCUGAGAUACCUUGAGCUGGGGAUCCACCAAAGGAAGGAGACAUUGGUCAAGGAGAGGGAGAGAAGGGAUAUUGCCUACCUGAGGUGUAUGGGGGACACCAGGGACUAUAUGUCUGAUAGUGAGUUGAAUAACUUACGUUUAGCAGCUGCAGCUGCGUCGCAUGAGAGUAAUGGGCUACUAACAACCAGACCAAGCACCGCCCCUCUCAGCCAGUUCACCAGUGACCUCAACACCGCAGCCCAAUACCCACCCACUUCAUCCUUCCUUUCUUGUCAGUACCCCCAAAGCCAACCAGCAGCUCCAUCUCAGCAACCAAGUGUACCAUACCAGUCUGCAACAUUCAACCAGCCUCCCUACCCAACAGUGUCACAGUCACAGGCACUGCCACAACCCACUCCCCUUCAAACCCAUGCUCCCCCUCCUGGACCUACCUAUCAACCUCAAACCUCAUAUCCUUCUCACACCUACCCCCAAACUCAGCCCCCAUACCCCCAGACAGACAUGGGGUUACCAGCUGCACCUCAGCCUCAGCCUCAGCCAGGGCAUACAGGUUUUGGGCCAGCACCACCUGGUCAGCCACCAUACCCCACCCACAGCUCACCCUAUCCCAGCGCUGUGUCCUCCUACCCCAGCCAGACCACACCAUACCCUGGUCAGCCCCAAGCUGAUAUCCUCACAGUUCAUCCAGGAAGACCUAGGCAGACUUCAUUGGCCGAUCUAGAGCACAAGAUGCCCACCAACUAUGAGACUAUUAGCAACCCUACUGUUGUGGUUACCACUACAGCUCAGGAUGCUACCUAUUCCAGUGCAGCCCCAUCCUAUGCUCAGUACACUGGAGCAACAACCAUGGCAAGCUCGUAUGGGCCCUAUGGGUCAGCACCAGUGUCCAGCAGCUACGGUGGGUACUCAACAAUGCCCCCCAGUACAUAUGGCCAAUAUACUUCCACUACCGCAAGUUCAUAUGGCCAGUAUACCACAACUACUGCUAAUACUUAUGGCUACACUACCACCACAGCCAGCUCAUAUGGACAGUAUACUUCCACUGUUUCCAAUGCCUACGGGCACUCUGUAGACAGUCCUUCCACCUACAGCACAGCAGAUGGGAUGUAUGGGGCUCCUGGUUUAGAGCAAAACAUUCCGAGGAAUUACAUGAUGAUAGAUGAUGUUAGCGAGCUGACGGCAAAAGAUGGGCUGGGCACGAUGACAGGGGACAUGAUGCAUCAUGGCGGAAGUGGGCGUUACCCGGGCGACAUCCACAGCCACAGCAGCACCACUGGCACGACGCGUGGGGGAACUGGCAGCUCCCCUUAUGGCAGGGCACCCGAGGAGGAAGCAGCGAUGCAGGAAGAGCUGUACGACCACCAUGGCAGGGCCUGCAUGCCGCUGUCUCCAAACGACAUGGAGAUUGACUGUGAUCUGCUCUCGGUUUCCAAAGCCUACCAUCUUGGCCAAGAAGAAACCGACUGGUUUGAGAAGCCACGCUCCAGUUCUCGUCACUACGGUAGCAGCCACUCUGGGAGGAGCCGGCACAGUGUCAAACACACCUACCAUGAUUAUGAUGAGCCUCCUGAGGAGGACCUGUGGCCCCAAGAUGAGUAUGGCCACACAGGGCGACACUCAUCAUCUCGCGACCACAGACACCACGGCAGUUCUAGCCGCCAUUCUUCCUCCUCACGGCAUUCAGAUGAGCCUAGGUCCUCAAGAUCCUCUAAGGGGCACCCAAAAGACCCAUCUCUGCGCCAUGAUCCCUCAGGAAGAUCUUCAUCUUCAGGAAGACGUGUUGAUUCAAGAUCCGGUGGGUACCACUCUUCCGACUACUCCCGCGACUCAUCUGGUCAUCAUCAUGGCCAGCGUUCCUCCAGACAGGGCGACCCACACAGGUCUUCACGUAGCAAGUCCCAGGGUCCAGUGGACAUGCAGGGGCAGCCACCAGGCUCCUCAAGGUCUGGCAGUGGCUCUGCUAGGGCUCAGGGAUCUGCUGGUGGGCCUACGGGAUCAGGACGGCAAGGUGGCCCGGGUUCCCAGACAGAUGGGGCUCCGGGACAGAGGGCUCAACUCCAGCAGCAAGCCCAGACUUCAGCAACCAGACCAGGGCAGCCCGGUGCCACAACGACCACCGGCUCCCAGCAGCAGCCCCAAGCUCAAGGACAAGGCAUGGGAAUGGGAAUGGGAAUGGGACAGGGCCAGGGCCAGGGCCAGGCCAAACCGGGGCAGAUGGGACCAGCAGGUGGACCCAUGGGCCAAGCCAGGCAGACAGGUCCAACAGGAACCACAACAUCCACUAUUCCCAAGAUCGACACACCUCCAGCAACAGCUAUUGGAGCAAAAGCAGCACCUGUCUUGGCCUCAAAGACUGCCCAGCCCCCGCUCACAGGCAUAGGCUCCAAAGCUGCUCCUAGACCUGGUGGUAUUGGCAGUGCUGCAGCAGGUCAACCGGGCAUGGAAGGAGAAGGCAUGUUUUCCAAGAUCCUGCCUGGAGGAGCCGCCGAGCAGGCGGGCAAACUGGGAGAAGCGAUCUCUGGUUUUGGCAAGAAGUUCACCUCUUUCUUCUGAGGUGCUAAGAUUAAGGACUAUUCAAACAGCCAUGAGGCCUCAUACCAGAAAAACCUGUUGUUCCCCCUGCUUUUAUUUUACUAAAAGAGAGAGAGAAAGGAGAGAGAGAGAGCGGGGAACAGAGAGGAGAGCUGAGCAAACUGCCAACAAGGACUGAAAUCCUCUGGAUGCUUCAUGUUACCAGCUUGAGCACACACUGGAAGAGAGAACGCACCGCUCUCUCUGACAGGCCAGACAAUAAAGUCCAAGCCAGCAUCCAUCUUCUGAAGGAGUCUCUUCAUCCAUCCGGCAGUCCCAGCCAAAGAAGCAGAUGUGAAUAUUGCAGAGCCAUGAACCAACCAACCUACAGUACUUCCAAAUCCAAAAGAGCAACUGGGAGCUAAAAUUGGUCCUUGCUUUUGGUUUUCCUUGGAGAUCUCCACAGCUGAGGAAGACAAGUGGAACCAACUGAGGCCCUCCAUGUAGAUUUAACACCAGUGGACGGAAAUAUGGUUGGUGUAUAUGGGUGAUGCAGUUCUAUUGUCAUGGGCUGAUGUUCAUUCCCACUAACAGCGUAUAGGAAAUGCUGGCUUUACCAAGCUGGUGGCAUGCAGGAAUCCUUGCAUUCACAGUCCUUUGCUAAAACAAGGAAAAGUAUCAACCAAACUCCCCUCUCUCCUCUUUUCCGUCUCUUUUCGAAGUAAAGAAAGCGUGGGACAAACGGAUUAAACCGUUGAAGAACUGCAGGUUUUUCUGGUACUAAAGGCUUCUUGUUCGCUGACAAAAUGAAGAAACGGAAACGUCUCUCUGAAUGAAUUAGACGAUGACAAUGACGUGGCCGACACAGAGGGAGCGUGUUGGCAUGCAUUUCUUUCCACGGUUUGCUCUGUUUUUAUCUACAUUCCAGAUCGGAACUGUUCCCUCUUCCUCACCUCUCUGCAUUUCUUGAAUGCUGAUUCUUCUUUCUUUCCAGUCCCCGUCAAACGAUCCACAACUCGCCAUGUCUUUAAAGAAGUGGAUUUAAAAAAAAAAAAGAAAAGAAAGGAAAAUGUAGAAAUUUGGAAUGCAUGGAACUUUAUAUCCAAGACCUUACACUGUUCAUCGUUACUUAACAGAGGCCAUAAAGACACUGGAAACACAUCGACAUAAACAGUAACGAAAAAGAGAGAUUACUGAAGCAACACACAAGAAUCCGGCCACGGGAAUAAGAGGAGCAUUUACUUUUAUUGUGUUUUCGUUGUUGUUUGUUAUGUUCGGUAUGUAGAAUGAAGCUAUAAAUGGUUGGAUUUUAUUUAUUUUAUUUUUUUAACCAGCCAUUGCAAAGCCAUUAAGACAAUAUCAGCCUGCAGUGCUUGUGGCAAUCUCCGCAAAAUUUGUUUCUCGGAUACUGCUCGCGUUGUCGUAGGUGGUUGUCACUUUAGUUGAUUUCUUUUGAUUUAUUUAGUUUUCUAAUCUAUUUUUUUUAAAUUUGCCUGGUUUUAUGUUGCAGGUUACCAGUAUCGCCUUAAUCAUUUUUAAAUGUUUUAUUUUCAGGUAACAGUGGCAUACUUUUUUAUGACAUCCUGUAAACACAUCAUCCGUCACAUCCUUUGUUUUUUAAUGUAGUAACAUUAGCUGGAACACUGGCCACAGAGAGAUUAAUUUCUAUUUUUUAAAUUGACAUUGUUUUGAUAAUUUUUUGUGAUAUUAUUUUUCAUUUAUUUAUUUUGUAUUGUUUUUUUUACCCCCUUCCAUUUGAUUUUUCCUGACUCUUUAUUUAUUGCGAAUAACUUUAAAAGCAAUAGGGCAAGAGGCGAUGAAGUAAAGAGCACAAUCAUGUGUCAUUUCAAGAGUUGGUGGAAUAGAAAUGUGUUGCCUCCGUCUGUCUAACUUACCACCGAUGUCUGACUUAAAAGUAAAAUUCACUCUUUACACUGCUGUGCCAGAGAGCAGGAGUUUGCCUGAUCGCCACAAGUCCGCCCAGAUCUUUCCCUCCGACCGGCAGUAACCUGUUUUGGAGUGUUACACUGCUACAUAAGCCAGCUGGAGUCUGAUCGAAAAGCACUGCAGGGCAGCACAGAGGCACUCGAAAAGCAGACCAGUCCACACACUGAGGCAGAGCUGAACUUGACGUCAUUUCCCGUCGGGAGUCAGGGGAAGGGGGAGUUGUUUGUGCCCGAGGACGAUUCUUCCGGCCACUUCAACGCUCCUUUUAAGGAGGCUGGAAAAGGCUCAUCCGAGCUCUUCGCACUCGAGUUUUUGUCAGCAUGCGCCUUCACUCUGUCAAAUGUGCACAGCGCACAUGAAAGCACACUCUAAACGGUGUCAAAAAGGGAAAAGAAUUGUGACUGAAGAACCAAAAAUUAACACACUUGGUUGUGUCACACAAAGUCACUUGCCUCCCCCCCCACCUUUAACUUUCUAUCGUUGGUGGCAUCGACAACUCUACCCCCCUCCCCCCAAAAAAACCCUCUCUCUGAGACUGCCAGCUGUCAAGGAAUUUUCUCAGGUCAGUGUUCUCCCUGCUGUUGCUCCUGCAGUGUAUUGUGGGGUCUGUGGUAAGGUACUCAAAAUGUACUCUGUCAGGCCAAUCAUUGCGAGGCCCUCAGCAAAACUAAAUGGAACCAACCAACUUCUGCUGUAUAUUGUCUGUGUGAACGCUCGCUGGGAACCUUCGCAUGCCUCCCGGCGCAGAAAACCUCAGUCACCUCUAUAUCGUUCUGUUCCUAAUGUUUGUACGUGUGUGCGGGUUCUGUAUGCGUGUAUUUAACAACCAUCAUCUAAUGUGGAGAAAAAGGAAAGGAAAGGAACACAAAAAAACCCUUAGAAAAAUCAUGACAACCACGAGUUUAAUCACGACAAAUAUGGUGGGCAGAAGAGGCGACCUCUCAUCUCCAGUCGUUCUAUGCAAUGAAUCAUAUUUGGAAAAUCACGAGGAGGAAAAGGCAAGUGAAACACAGAUGCGGGGGAAAAGUCACACGUGUUUUUUUGCAUAUCACGUUUGUUUUGAUAUUUGUUGUAGAUUAAUAUAAGAGGAGUCUGUGAAUUUGUGUAUGAAACUGGUUACUUGUAAAGGAAAUCUGAAGAUGGAUCUUUCUCUUUUUUUCAUGUUAACCUGAUAUGUUUGGGGUACCGUUCUGCAACCAAAGAUGUAUUCAUGGCAGCUGGGAAAUUACACCUGUGAUUUGAACAAAAUAUGCUGCUUGAUGAGUUAGAUGCAUCAGGCUGUUCUCUAUCAAAUGUUAAGCAAAGCUGAUGAAGUGUGCAAUUUCAUAUUUUUAUACAAAUAUGUGGCUUUUCUUUUUUCCAGCCAAUCAGUAGCUCACAUAGAGAAGAGUCAAAACCUGCUUACCAAUGAACACCAACCAAAAAAUUGCUGAAAUGGAAGGAGAGAGCAGCAGGUGCAGAUAUUUGAAAACUAUUUAGCAGGGACUCAAAAAUCCCGGUUGUCAUGAACGCAUCCAAGCAAUCCAUGUUUAUAAAGGAAAAAUAGAGAAUUAACAGAUUAUAAGAGACAGAUUAUGAUACUUCAAUAUAUUCCCUAAAAUGGUGUCUGCUCAGGGGUAAAGAAGAAAAGAUCUCCCUUUUUUAAUUUAAUAACCAGACCCAGAAUUCUUAUUAGCUAGCUACCUAAUGUGCAAUUGUAGUUUUGUUUUUUUUCAGAUAAUGAAGCACCAAAAAUUUAAGGAUAUAGAUAUAGCAAUUUAAAGUGCAGAUGUAUAAUUAUUACAAAACCUAUAGAUUAUAUUUAACAAAAGAAACUGCUGUAGGCUAUGAAGUUAAACACUAUUCAGAGCAUUCCUAAAUGAAUUUAAGCAGUGAAACAGGGGAGUUUGUGUACGUGUGUGUGCGUGUGUGUGUGUUUGGUUUGCACUGGUAGCAGCUUAUUAGAGCAAGUUAUAAAAGAAUCUAUUUAUUGAAAUUCAGAUUUAAAGAGUUGGUUUAUGCAGUAUCAAAGUAUCCCUUAACUAUAAAUUCCUUUGAAGUCUUAUUUGAGCAGGGCCUCACAAGAAGCUAGUAUAUGUAUAUAUUGUUUUUAUUUUCUGAAACAUUUAUCGUUUGUAGAUGAUUCGUCUAUGUAAGAGUUUAUUUUAUCAUACAGAGCGGGUAUAGAAAGUGAGCUGGCAUUAGGAAAAAGAGAGAUUUAGGUUUAAAAUCUAUAGAUAUAUCGAUGAGAAACUGUUUGUACAUAUGUCGCCUAUAUGUUUUUUCACCACGGGUCUUCAGCCUCACUCUAAGUUGCACAUUAAGUGCGUGUAACCCAAACAGAAGAGAUCGCGGAUACGCUGCCGUCGGAUCGGUGACUUCACCGAGAAAAGAUUCAGAUUAGGCUUCAACGAACAAUAUGAGAGAGAGUUUAACGUUACCCAAGUUAAUACCAACUUCCACUAUUGUACAGUAUGUCGUAUGUUUUUGGAAGUUUGUUUUAAAAAAAAAAAGAAAAGAAAGAAAAAAAUCAAAUAAAAUGUUGAAUAAAACAAUCCUCAAUCACUUUUGCCUCAGGAAAGCACACAUUAAAGGCAGCAUCGCAACGGAGAUGUUCAGAAGACAACAGAUAAUAAUGGGUGUGUUUGUGCAGGCGCAGUGAAAGCAGAUCGCUUACGACACCGGUGAAAUCGUGGCUGCUGCCGGUCAGAGGGAGUCUGUAAUAUUUGGAGCACAUAAAUCCCAGGAACUGUGAAAACGUGUUCGUGGCGGUUUCUUUUUUCUUUUUCUUUUUUUUGCUCCAGCCGCUGAAGGUGACUUAAAUAUGCAUAGCAGCAAGGGCUUUUAUACUAAUAUACUGGUCAUUGAAGAAAGCCAUCCUGUUACUGCCCUCUAGCCAGUCGUGGUCUCUGUCUAUACUCUGCGUGGUGUGCGUCUAUAACCAGGAAUGCAAUGGACUUCUGUUCAGACCACAGCAAUCACCAGUGGGCAAAAAUAACCAAGCCACAGCUGGGUUUUUCAAUGGCGUUUGAAGCACAAUUGUAGACAAUAUUAGAGAUAGAUAAAACUCUGAGGGUUGUGUUCCAAAUCGUGAAUGAAAUCUGCUGUGGGGACUUCCUCCAGACAGAAAAAUCUGGAGGUUUUCCUCAAUGCCAGGAGCAGGAAUGUUAUUUCAAAUGACCGUUUGGAACAAAACUCUAGUAGUUGGAUAGAGAACAGAUUUACAGACGUGAAGCUAAACGAGAGGUUUCUUCCACCACAUCUGCGACGUGUCUUUGAAUCUGAAACAUCUCAGCAAUAAAGCUGCAUUUACGCACAGUCAGACAAUCUGGACCUUUAACCCUUUGUGACAUUGAUCUGUAUCUGAAUUGGGCGUAAAUGUACUUGCUGUAACUACAAAUCUUUUAACUUAAUGACAGAGUGCCACAGAGAGUUAUAAACACAGUGUCUCUGUUUCAGCUGUCUUUAAAUGCAGCUUAAAAUGCUUUUGGGAAAUCCAGACUGUGUGUGUGUGUGUGUGUGUGCGUGCGUUCCCGCGGGUGUGUGCUCUCAACCAAAAAAGGUAGCAUGCAGUGCUUGUACAGAGCAUAGUGUAGUAACAGUCACCACUGGUCUUGCUGUUGGUCAUGAAGACAGUGAGCGUAUAGUAGGACCCUAGAUCGAUUUUAAAACACAAAUAUAUAUAUAACAUGUAUAGUGUGUGUAAAUGUCUCAUGGGUGAGAGGCUGUAAAAGAAGCUAAAUGCCGAAACAAAUGAAACCGCGAGAGAAAAGUUCAUCUUUCACUGUAAAACCAUCAGGGAUCAUUUAUUGUCAUCUUUUACCUGUAUGAAUCAUUAAAGUUAAAAAAAAGGACAAGUGCAUGACCUGGACACCUGCCCUAACCCGACCUAACUACUCCCCCCACCCCCUUUUGACCAUACGAACCCCUUCGACCUUUGACCUCCCACUUCACGGGUUGCCACGUCGUGUUUUUUUUCCAGUGUAAAUAUCACACGAGAGCCGGCUAGAGUCCGCUUCGAAACAGACACCAACAACAUGUAAAUGCCAUGUAAAUCUCAAACAUACACACACACACACGCACGAGAGGCACGAGAGAGGCGUUUGCACACCAAAAACGGCAACACAAGCUGGAGCGUAUGCAAGCCGGAAACUCCCUGCCCAGACUCGUGCUACUUGUGUAUAAAAACAACGAGAGAACAUAACGAACAAGAUCAGAUGUUGAUUUGAUCAAUAAAAUGACAAAAUGCAUCGUUGUGCGUAUGUGGCUGGCUCGUGCGGACUGUUUAAAACUCAUUUAAAAAAAAAAAGUUGUAUUCGGAUAUGAGAAAAAAUAAACAUAUUGGUCUGUGUAGAGUUUCUAUACAUGUCGUGUUUGUAAAAUGAGAACAUCAAAAUCAAAAAAGGGAAAAAUAUCCUGGCUUCCAUGUGACUUUUGGGGUGGGGUGGGGGGGCAUUUUAUGGAGAUGGAGAGAGAGGGUGAACUGGACAUUGGAAAUGUGUGUGUAAAAAAAAUUAAAAUAAUUAUAAAAUAAUGCAAUUGAAUGAAGUAAAAGGUUGAAAAUAAAAUACAGAAAAAGGUGGAGAGCCUAAAAAUGAGUACAAAGUGUUCCAUUCACUGUUGUAAGUGCAAUGAGCUAAACUUCCUGUUUCCCCAUUGUAAAACCUUGUGUAUGUUUCCGUGUAUUCCUCCUGUAAAUGGGUGUAGUAGACCUGGUGCAUCAUGCCAUGUAAUGUGAUGAAUGACAAAUUAUGACCUUACAAUACAUUUCAAUCAGGAAAUAUGAA